GCCCCCUGUCCUCCAUGCCCCGCCCACCCCCGCCUUCCCGUGUCUCCGCCCAGCAGCAGAGACCCCUCAAGCAGUCUCUGAGCGGCUCGCUGUGCCGGGAGUCCCACUGGAAGUGCCUGGUCCUGACCCUCCUGAUGUACGGCUGCUUCGGCGUGCUCGGCUGGUGCAGCCUGUACCGCGUCACCGUGCUGGCGGCGGACAGCAGCUACUUCGGCGAGGCCCGGCUCUACCACGACAGCCCCUGCUCCAACGGCUACGUCUACAUCCCGCUGGCCUUCCUGGCCAUGCUCUACGUGGUCUACCUGGUGGAGUGCUGGCACUGCCACUCCAAGGGCGCCGCGCUGCCCCGCGUGGAGAUCAGCGCCGUCUACGAGCGCGUGCAGCGCCUCCAGCAGGCCACCCCCUGCAUCUGGUGGAAGGCCAUCAGCUACCACUACAUCCGCCGCACUCGGCAGGUGACCCGCUACCGCAACGGGGACGCCUACACCACCACGCAGGUCUACCACGAGCGCGUCAACACCCACCUGGCCGCCUCGGAGUUCGACUACGCCCGGCACGGGGUCAAGGACGUGUCCAAGGAGCUGCUGGGCCUGCACGACUACCCCGCCACCCGCCUGCGCUUCACCAAGUGCUUCAGCUUCGCCGGCGCCCAGGCCGAGACCGCCUACCUGACCCAGCGCGCCCGCUUCUUCGCCGACAACGAGGGCCUGGACGACUACAUGGAGGCCCGGGAGGGCAUGCACCUGAAGAACGUGGACUUCCGCGAGCACAUGGUGGCGUUCCCCGACCCGGCCCGCGCCCCCUGGUACACACGCCGCCGCGUCUUCUGGGGGGCCUCCUUCCUGCUGCUGUCCUGGCCCCUGCGGGUGGUGGCGGAGUACCGGACCGCCUACGUGCACUACCACGUGGAGAAGCUCUUCGGCCUGGACGAGGGGGCGCCGGCCACGCCGGAGGAGCCCGGCGGGGGGGGCGGCGGGGAAGAGGAGGAGAGGCCCCCGCCUUACCAGGAAGCGCUCCUCUUCCCCGUGCUCAUCGUGCACGGCGAGGAGAGCUGCCACCGGGACCGGGGCUGUGGCGCCGCCCUGGUGCCCGCGCCCGGCGGUACGCCGCUAUGA